CAUAAAAGUAUCGUAAUAUGUAUAACCUGCAGAGGAUUUAAGCUACCAAAGGUAUUUCAUGUGUUAUAUAACUCACAAGACGUCCCAAGACAAAACGUCCUACCUAUUAUACCAGGAAGAAGGAAAACAUCUUAGGUGUUCAAGCUGCGGUCUCGACACAAAUCACCAUCCAUUUCACAAUGGAAACAGCAGUAGACCCGAAUGACCAGGAGUCUGGCGAACUUGUUAGUGCCCAAAUAUCAGAUAGUGCAGUGAAGGAUGGCGAUGCUGCUUACGCCCAAUUAUCUGAGGACACUGGUGGACCCAGAGCUGCAAAUAAUGACACGAUUACGUCAAAUGAGGAAAUGCGUCUGAAGGGAAACGACUUAGGAAACAGUGUAUCUGACCACGACUUACUACUUCUCUUAUUAGACAAAUUAGAGAAGGUAGAUUCUCGUCUUCAUGGGACUGAAGUUAAAGUCAAAGAGAUGCACCAGUAUCUAAAAAUCACCCAUGAUGGCGUGUAUAGGACUGGCGUCGCCAUCAGUAAAUCAAAACUGAGGUUUACUGAGGUAUUGGAUCAGCCGUUACAACCAGAAAAAGACCAUAUUUCCACGCUGCGACAAGGCUUCAGUUCGUUAAUUGAUAACUUAGAGCCAAAGGACAUAGAAAGCCAGCUCAUCAGCAAACGUGUCCUUUCAGUCAGCGAUGUAGAAUCUAUUAAAGGAGAAAAACGCAGAAGUGACAGGGUCAGACAACUUGUGUGCUGUCUGUGCAAAAAAUCACCAGAACAUUUCGAACAUUUUCUGGACACAUUACGGGAGUCGUACGAUUUUCUAGCCGAACACUUUGACAGCAUUAGAUCAACUGCAAAGGCACCUUUUAUCAGAAUCCAAACAUGUUCCGUGUGUAUAUUGCAGUCGGAAGUAGAUAUUCGCACAAUUACGGAUUAUAUGUUUAGAUAUGGCACGAUCACGCCCGAAGUGUUCCGAGAGCUUACGACGAAGACGAUACCAUUGGGCGUCAGGUGGGCCCAGUUGCUGCAAGUUGUGAACUACGAACCAGGUGGUGAGCAUGUCAGAGACACGUUUUUCAAAGCCGUCAUGCUGACCAACACGAGAAUCUACUCCUUGCUGCAUCAGUUUUUCUCCAGGACCAACAGACUAGAGUGUCACUGUCCCAAAACACAAGAGGAACAGGAACAGCUGCAGAACGUCUGGGCUUUAAGCCGACAGCUGAGUCUAGAACCCCCUUUGUUUUACAGGAAUAAAGCAGAAGACCCGUGGGUACGAGUGUGGGUCCAGAAGUCAAAGUUUUCUAAUCCAGACACAGAUCGCUCUUCAACAAAUCGUGAGAACAGUCAAGGACAUUCCAGUGGAAAUCGAGAACCUUCUUCAGAGAGUGAGGAUGAGAUCGAAGAACAUAGAAUCUUCCAUUCUUUAUCCCAGAGUCAACAAACAACCACAGAUGGUAAAGAUUCCAGUGUUGUUGUUAACAAGGGACUACUCAAUGGUGUCAAGUGGUUAAAGGAUAAAUUAACACUCUGAUAUGUUUUAUAGUUUUACUGUCAACAGUACUUGUGAUGACAUUCUGAAAACAAAAACACUUUUGGAGGUGUAUUUGGAUGCGGACUCAAAAUAUUUGCAUCCAUCAUAUUUUCACUUUUGUUCUAACCCUAACCCUAACCCAACUGCAGAAAUAAGGACGAUUGCCCACUUGAGGGAAACUGCCUCACUAAAUCAGUUAUAUAUGAAGCUGCAGUACAUACCACUAACACAUCAAGCAAGACAUACAUAGGUCUCACAGGAGGAUCCUUCAAAGAAAGGUAUGCCAACCACAAGAAGUCCUUCAUGCACAGCAAAUACGAAAAGGAAACAGAGCUGUCGAAAUACAUUUGGGAACUAAAAAGAAAAAACGCCGAGUACACAAUAACGUGGCACGUAAUAAGGAAAGUAAACAACU